CACAUUUUUGAUCGUCGAGCCUAUGGAGGAGUUAUUCCAACGUAAUCUAAAAGAAAUCAAUGUUGACCAUACUGCGAAGGACAAUUUUGGCAAGGCAGUCCGAUCGCAUAAUAUUGAUCGCAAGUUUCAUCGCGUGUAGUAUCUUUCUUGCUUUGUUCGCUAUGUGUUUUGUGUUUAGUCUUCCGGCGUAGAGUGGGAUGUCAUGGCCGGCGAAUUUAUUUGGUGUUUGAAGUAUCGCGUUAUAUUUGUAAUCGGUUUUUUCGGGUGCCCGUAUGUGCCAACUUGAAAUGUUUAUACAUACUAUGCAGGUCAGAAAUAUUGUGGACAGAAGAAUUGGGCGACUUGUUUAGCGAGUGCACUUUUUCGCUACCACAGAUCGUCAAGCGAAAUUCGGAUAAAGUGCUAAAAGCAGCUAAGCUCUUCAGUCAGUUGAAGUUUCAUUAGUCACUGGGGCCAAGAUUUGAGGAGUUCAUCAAAUGGUUGUAACUACAAGAUAAUUGCUUUUCAACUGAAUUGAGGAAAUGUAAAUUGUUGUCAAUGUGGCUGGAGCAUUGGCAAUUACUGUUUCUCGAGGUAGAUUUGUUCAAGAAAAAGUUACUCAAGUUAAUUUUGUAAUGGAAGUAACAGAGUGAAUAAUGUGGUGCACAAUGGCUAACUGCAGUUUCUUAAUAAAUGGUAACAUGAACAUGAACAUUGCUUAAUUCGAAUGUGUGACAAGAUAUUAUUUGGGUACAUGCCUGAAGAAGAAUGUAAUCUGAUGACUGCCAUUACCUGCAUUGAUGAAGCUCAUGCACCUGUCGUCUGCAGAAUGGUGGAAUUUUUUUCACAAAAAUAACUGGUGGUGGAAUAUUGAUGUACCAUGAUCCAAAGGAACUUCUAAGUAAUUCCUAAUAUUGAUACGGAGCAAUGAAGGCAGUCGUACCAAGUAUGAAGCAGAGACAACAUAGUAUGAUGAAAUAAGUGGUUUUUAUUCAGAAAGCUGUAUAAUUUGAAGACUAUCUGUAUUUGCUAAUUGCAUUAAUUACCGAAAGCACAAACUGCUCUGUAGCCCUGCAUUCAUGAUGAUGGCGGUGUUAUCUUCAGCUGCCCUAAAUAUGAAAAACUUGUCGAGUGGUUCUAUGAUUUCAUUGUUGAGUUGCACAGUUUCCUUUUUGAUCAGGAUGAGAGCACUGGUCGCGGCACAGUGUACUUUGAGGUACACGUUGCAAUCAAUUUUGUCACAUCUUUCAUGAACAAGGUUGUGCCACAAGGCCGAGUAAAAAUUUUUGGUGAGGCUCUUGCAAGGGCAUUAAUGAACAAAUAUGAAGGGCAUUGGUUCCCAGAGAGUCCUCUAAAGGGCUCAGCAUAUCGUUGUUUUGAAUUUGGGGCCUAUAUUGAGCCUGAGGUGAAAUUUGCUGCUAGGCAGGCAGGACUACGUUGUCGAGAUGUAUUGAUAUGUGUUCCCUCAGAAAUGUCAAUUUGGGUGGAUCCAGGGACAGUAAGCUACCGUAUAGGUAUUGAGGGCCCUGUGAAACCCGUGCUCAAUGAAUCUGGAUGUGUUGUUACAUGUUUCUUUGAUCCUGAUGUGGAAGAUCCUGAACCUGACCCACCUGGUAACUCAAAAGCUGUAAGCUCUUGUGAGGAAACAGAAACUGUGGAAAAGAGCAGACCACGAAAAUUUACUCCAAAGCGUGGAAAGUCCAAGCUGUCAGUAGCAUAUGAAGAUGACUUAAAAUUUGUUGCUAAGAAUGGCGGUCUUGACUCAGCGACAGACUAUGACGACCUUGAGCCCCUUGAACCAUAUUUCACCGCUGAAGACAUGAAGUCUGGAAUUUUAUGUGAAGAUGAAGAACUUACCAGUAAUCAGUUGAAAUCUUCUGAUGAACCUGCUUACGGCAACAGUCGUCGCAGACGUUCUAGGAGAUCAAAAAAAAAAUCACCAAAUAAACCCGGUAACAGUAAUGGGAAUAGAGGCCGAAACAGUGGUAAGAGGAGACAGAGCAAUGACAGUAAUAAUAAUAGUAAAAUCUGCAGUAAUAAUUAUCAAAACAGCAGUGGUUCGGCCAGUGGCAGUGGUAGCAGCAGUGGUGCAAGCAGCAGUGGUACGAGCAUCGGUGGCAGUACUACCAGCACCAGCGCUAGCAGCAGUGGCACCAGCACAAGUGGCACCAGCUGCAGCAGCAGCAGCAGCAGCAGCAGCAGCAGCAGCAGUAGCAGUGGCAGUGGCAGCAGUGGCGGUGCCAGCAGCAGCAGCAGCAGCAGCAGCAGCAUCACCAGUAGCAGCAGCCUCACCAGCAGCAGCAGCAGCUGUGGUGCCAACAGUGGCAGCAACGUAAAUCGGAGUACUGCCGUGAGCAGUGGAAGAAACAACAGGGGCAGAAACAGCAGGGGCGGAAGCAGUAACAGCAACGGUAACAGCAAUCCAAAUAACACUAACACCAGCUCCAACAGCAGUCGCAGCAGUAACCAUCACCGCAGUAGGAAUGUUUUGCAGCACCAGUCCAUUGUCAUCAGCAACUCGUCUUAUUCGUCAAGAGUUUGAGGCAGUUGAAAUUCUUUAUCAAAAUUAUCAGUAUUUCUAUUGGAUAUCUUCCAGUCAGUCACACUCGCGGUCAGAAAACUGUAAUCUACUAAGAUUGAAACUGAGGAAUGGUCUCGUGUAAUAUCAGUAACUACAGCCACUUUAUCUGCACACACGAUUUUACAAAGGAUUUCAGGACUGCGAUCAGGUAAAUUUGAUGAAAUACCUGUUUUGCAACUGAAGAAACACAAAUAAUACCAACUGCUGAAAUAUAGCGACAGUCUAUUCGGCCCAGCCUGCUGAAAUUUCGAGAGCCAUUCCUGUGGCUACAGACCUGCUGAAACAAAAAUGUUUAUCGAGAUCUGAACAUUCGCUACAAAAGUAACACAUGAUACGUAUUAAUCCUGAACUAGUUUUUCAAAUAAAUGUGCUGACUGUUGAAAUACAUUUGCUGUAAUUAUUAGCAAUGUUUAAACAGCACAGUACAGAUUUUUCCAUCAGUUCCAUUGUUUGGGGGGACUCUUCAGAGGACUUGCCGCAACUGGUGAAAGUUGGUGAUAGUUGUGGCUUGUUGGACUGUUACAGAAUCUUUUGGAUUUUAAUCCACUACAUCCACUGUAUCAUACUACAGUGCAUAAUCACAGUUUUGUUUAAUUUUACUGUUACAGUGAUACUCAUUGUUCCGAAGUGUCAGGGAUUAAUUUCCUUGGCUAGUACCUCGUGCUAGAAGUUCAUAUUUGCAGUGUCCCUGCCCUGUGAAUGCAACUCUAGCAGCCUUUUCCUUGACAUGUCUCUUUACUGUGCUCAUUCCUUUUGCACAUUUUUUGCAUUGACUAAUCUUGGGAUAAUUCAGCUUCUUUUAACCUUUGAACUUGAGUUUUUCCCUUAUAUAUAUGCUGCUGUUCACAUCAAAACAAGUAGCGGUUACGUAACCAUAAACAGAGUGUGUCCAUCUAAAAUUGGAAGAUAACUUAUAUAUUGAAAGAAAAAUUACAUGGAGACAAUGGUUGGCCAGUGCUUACCUUCAAAAGACGAAAAUUUCAAAUACUUAUUGGGAGUCUGAGUGGCCUGCCCCAUCUGCUCAACACCAAGCAAAAGGACACAGUGAUAAGAAACUGAUACCACAUUCAGGAGGACAGUGGUUCAAAUCUCUGUUUAGCUGUCCUGAUUAAGAUUUCUUUGGUGCCCCUAAAUUGCUUAAGGUAAGUGUUUGGAUGGCUCCUUUGGAAAUGACGUGUCUGAUUCCCUUCCCUAACAUUUCCCAAUCUGAGCUUAUCCUCCAUCUCUAAUGACCUUUCCAUGGAUCGGAAGUUAAACCACCUAAUCUUCCUUCUUCUUUUCCAACCUUUCCCAAACUAUCCCUCUGUCAUACCUGAGGAAGGAACUACAGGUUUCAAAAGCUGGGUAUAAUUUUUCCUACUUUUAAGAGGUGUGUGUGAGAAUUUUGCUUCCUGAAGGUAAGUACCGGCAAUCCAUCUCAGCUCCUUAUAAGCUAACCUAUGAGACAUCUGUGUUUUAUUUCUAAAAAGUUUUCUUCAUAAUUAUUCUGUGACCUGACUGAUUUUCAACAUUAAUGGGGGCUGUAAAUACAGAUUUUAAUACAAACAUUCGUGCAUAUCACUGAACAAGAAAUAAGUAAUGCAUUGUUUGUUCAUGUCAGAAAAAUCCAUUAUAUAGAAAGCAGUGAAAAAUAUUGUUACUAUAGAGUAACUGGAUCUUCAGUUUUCUAAUAUUUGGAGUGCCAUACUUUUAGAUCUGGCAGUAAUUGCAUUCUUAUAACAUUUAGUUAUUUAUAAAUAAAAAUUUCAGAGUAUCUUAGUUUGUUAUUACAUAUUGUCCCAUGAUACUGAGAUAACAAGAGUAUUGCUUUUGUUGUUCAGUGCUCAUUGAAAAAAGGUAAUUCUCUACUCCUACCUAGCUCAGGAUCAGAUUGAUAAUGAAAAAUUGAUACUGCUUUUAAGACAUUUUAAAAGUAUGUUAUAAAAUGAGUUACUGUAGGCCAUCUUAUGCACAGAAGACAAGAAUACUUGAAAGAGAAUUCAUGAGCAAUACCAGAACAUUGCUCUGUUUUUGAUUCUCUUUCAGGUUUAAUCAGACUUGCUUGUAGUCAGUCAUGUUAAACAUGUCCCCAAAUGUUCUCUACAUUUACUGUUUUAUUAAUUCAAGCAGUUCUUAAAAAUUUGUUCUUCUUUGGGUAGAAAGGUAUAAUUCCCACAAUUUCAAAAGAUGCACUUACAUCCUUCUGCCUGAUCAUUAUUUAUAUUUUUGCAUGCUAACCCCAAAUCAAAAAAAAAAAAAUAUUUCCGGGUUAAAGUAUUCAAAAUAGGUUUAUAUGUUUUGGUGAGCUAAAGUCACCACUAUUGCUUGCAAGAGUGUCAUAGAUCACAUUUUUUCCAUAUUUCUAAACUUUUACCUUUCUGCCUUGGGAAAAGCAAAUUACUGUAGGCUGCUGGAGGGGCUAUUAUGGUUACCUUACUUUAUACAUACCUCUUCUGUUUAGUUCCCUACUUUUUUGUGAAGCAGUCAGUAAUAGAUGAUUUAAGCACACGAGCAUUUUUCUCAGUUUGAUCCUGCACCCCUGCCUCUCCCUCCCACCUAGGUGCUUCCGUUUUGUUCCUGUGUGUUUAUUUCCUUCAGUAUUUAUUUUUAAAGAAGCCCAAGAGUAUUGCAUUAUAAUGUCUUCUGGGAAGCAGAGUUUUUUCAAGUACAGGUUAAGCUCUGAAUUUAAUGUCUUAAAUUUUUUUGAAAAACUAAUAGGAUUUUUGGAUUGACAUUUGAUAUUGUAUUUUGGCUGCUUAUUAAAUGUUUAUUCUUCCAAUUUCAUUAUCAGCCGUUGAUACAUCAGAUAAUUUGUAGCACAAAGUGUAACAUGCACUUCACACAAUUUGACACAGACUUGAAAGCCAUACAUUUGUGUAUGAUUAAAGUUAUUUUACUACAAAUAUAAGAAUUCUUUUGGAUAUAUUAUGGAAAACAUCUAAAUAUCCUAGAAUAGGCUACAUUGCAAAAUCAUUAACAGCUAAUUCAAAUGGUUUCUAAUAAUUUUGAUACAAUUUCCUAAUCUUUCUUUCCACUUGACACAUCCUGUACUUCAUAACCGUUUCUCUUAUUCCAUUCUGUACUUCUUUUUUUUCGAUCUUGCACUGAUAGUGUGCCAAUUUUUAACACUUUCAAGCUCGAGUUUUCACAGCUGUUACUUUCUGGCAUCUCUUUUCUAAGAAGUCUUCUGAAUCCAAGAAUGUAUUUGCUAGUGGCACUCUCAGGUGUUGUGUCAGUAUGUGUCACUGAAACUUUGCCAUUUUUGUUGGGAAACCUGAAUGUGAUCUUGAGUGGAAAAAGUGUGUUAAUUGACAGUGAAAUAUGAUUGUGCAUGUGCCAAGCAAUGACUUGUGGCUGUGGCAUUCUGAGAACAAAACAUUAUUGACUGGAAAUGAAAAUUAAAGCAUCUCCUGAAACUGGAAGGGUGCUGAGCAGAAGUUUCAUCAGAUGUUGAAGAGUAUAGUGAUGACAUCCAACACAAUGCUUGAGGGCCUGAGCAAAAUUUAUAAUGCCCAGAAAGUCUUAAAGACCAUGUGAGGUAUGUAUUGGGACAGGAGAAAAAUGAAGCAAAAAUGACUUGUGUACUGCUUACUUUCUAGCAAUAAACCAGAUUUUCUCCAUCAAAUGUUCUGCAUUUGUGGCAGAAUUGUGAAAGAGCUUCAUUUGAAGCCUGUUCUACAGUAUUCACUAUUUCCAUUGGUUGCAUCAGUAGACAUUCAUUGUUAAAGGUGCUGACUUAAUUACUUUCCUCAUAUCUGACAGCUUCAUAGAAAAUGACAAACAUACUAUUAUCGAAAAAAAUUGCCCUGUGUUGUAUCUUUACAAUUUUUUUUUCAUUUAAAAGAAUUUAUAUAUCUGAAGUAGUCUUUUGUUAAUCAGUACUCUCAUUAGUUGACCAAAAUGUUCAUCUGUUCAGCCUUGCGCUAUAUAAAUUGAAGAAGUUUUUUGGAAUCCCUACUGCAUCCACACCUAUAACGCUUCAGUGUGAACUACCAUAUCUCACUGUAAGUCAUGCUGUAAGCUCAUAUUCCAAUGAACUGUUGUUAUCCGUGAAUGUGUAUUCCAUCUCAUUUAUUUGUCUCACAUGUUGCUUCAUUUUGUAAAUCCGACAAGUAACUUAGUUAUUAAACCUUAAAAAAAAAACAUUUUAACACUGUACAAUGGUUUCUGCACACAAUUCAAAUGUUAAUGGCCAUACAAAAAAUAAAUUUUGUUUAAAUGUAUACUGUCUCAUGAUUGUGCCAGUUUCUGCUAUCAAAUUAUUGUGGAAAACCAUAUUGAAGUGAACUAAAGUUGUCCGUGCUACACAUUUCAUCAACUAAUUGGAUAAGAUCAGGUCACAUAGUUUUGGCUAAUAGCAAAGUAGUUGAUUUUUACUUACUAAUCUCAUAUUGUCCUUAGUUUCAGAAAAUCCAACUUCUGUAAUUUUUGUCAUGUUCUCCCUCUAGCAUCCACUUCUCCAUAGUGUAGGAUUUCUGCACACCAUUGUUAAUCCAAGGAACAAAGAAUUCUUUGAUGUUCGUCCUGUGUGAUUCUAUAACUCCUUUGCCUAACAUGAAUGUGGUAUCCCUAAAUUUCUGUAUGGAUCCCAUACAUUUUUCUUUGUGAUUAAAGAUGGUAUUUGACAUUGGUCUGUGAUGAUAUAAGACAAACAACUAUUCAGACACUUUCUUAACUACUAUUCAGACACUUUCUUGUACACAAACUAGCUUAGCUGUGAAUGAACCUGAAUGGUUAGGCUUAAUAAAGACAUCUCAACUAUGAAUGAUUUGUCUCUUUAUGAAUGAUAUUACUGUUAUUUUGACGUUGUCUUCAUUUUACAUGUCAGCAAUUGUUAAAAGUUAUUUCAUUUCUUAUGUUCAUAUUUUUUGUUUCUUUUAAAAAGGGUGAUGUUGAUUAAAGGCAGCAACAGAUGAGUGAUGGAUGAUUUUAGAACACUGGAUUUGACCUGUUCACUAUAUGUGCAUUGUCAGUAUUGCAGCUGUGUGUAUGGGACACCAAACAACCUACAGCAAGUAGUGUCUUGUCCCCCACAGCCACCUUUCACAGCUAGAGCAAGUUGCUUAGUGUGUCCUCAAGUCAGUGGAACAAAUAUUAAAAUGAACAUAAUGUGUCCCUUGUGUCCUAUACAUGACAUAAUCACGUAAUGGGAAAUCAAAUGAUGCAUGUGCGGUGUGCAACCUGACACCUUGUAAGUCAGUUGCAGUGGGAGUAUCAUUGUCAGUGCCAUUGACAUGCAUAACUUUGUUUGUAGAAGUACAUCCAGUACACCAUACAGUGCAACUGUGAACAUUGUUUGCUAGUUUACAUGUGAUUAAAUGAUAUAUACAAAAUUGUGUGUAUUGAGACUGAUACCAUUAAAUGUUUCCCAUAAGUGUUAUGUAGCUAAAUUAUUUUUUCCAGUAACUGAAACUGUGUUGUAUUCAACAGUUCAUUUUAUUUCAUACAUCCAGUUUUUUUAGUUCUGAGGGCAACAGCUUAGUUGGUUCUAAGCAAUUAUAAAUUAUUUUACAUUAAGAAGAGCCCAUACAUUUUCUUUUGAAUAUACAGCAAAAGUAUUUUUUUAAAAGUAUACUUUGAGCUGUAUAUGUUGUUGUUACAUUUGUGAAUACACAUGUUUAGCUUUGUGGCAAAUGUAUGAUGUUUAUUCGGAACUACUGCUAAUAAAUAUUUAAUGCAUGUAGAUAAAUAUGUUUUCGCAGUUGUUGUGGCUAAACAUACAGCAGUUUCAAUGAAUCAGUGGGUCUGUACUCAGAAACUUCUAUGUUAUCAGUUACCAUUCCAUAUCCUCUAAAAUGUUGAAAUUUGUGUCUUUUACUGUAUUGAUGUUCAUUGAUGUGUCUCUUACGUGUAAUUGGUGUUAGUUCCAUACUAUGCUAUGCAGAAUGUUGAUGAUUGUUAACACAAAAGUCAUUGGCAGCACAGAUUCUGUGAGAAUUAACAGUUUAUAGUUAUAACUACCACUAAGAGUUUGACAUAGCUGUUUUUUCAAUGAUCUUGUGCUGUCUGUCUUUUGUUGAAGAACAGAACUUGAUGGCAGACUGUGGAAUUAUUCUGAUUUGCUUGUGAUGGAAUACUGUCUAUUUCUGCUGUUAAAAGGAAGUGAAAUAUACAGACUUUUCUGAAA